AUGAAGAGAAGUGGAAGUAGUGAUACAAGUCCUACCACUGCUAGGAAAUUACACAAGCCAUCCGACUCGUGGGAUGCCGUACUAGAUAUCCUCCCAACACAUCUCCCAGGCACCUCAUCGCUGCUGCCUGUAGUUACCCCAGGAAUACUGGUCAAGGAGAAUAAUAACACUGGUGAAAGCAAUGGUACAAAAACGACCCAGGAAACAAUGGCUAUCACCAAACAACAACCAGUUCCCAUUGCAGGAACCAAUAUUGUGUUGAGCACCGAAGAUGACAUUGCCAAAUGGAUCGAAGAACGAAAGAAGAACUAUCCCACCUCUAAAAGAAUGCAAGAAAAGAAACUAGAGAAAGAACGUACCUCGAAAGUUAAACCGCCACCCAAGGCCAAAGGGAUCUCAUUGGUGCCGAACACCAACAACAAGGCGGCAAUGACCAAGAAGAAUGUCCAGAUCAAUAACAAACCACAAAAGCCAAUGACCAUGGCCAUGGAAGGAAGGAUCAAAGAAGUCUUGCCAGGGAUCACCGCAUUUGUCCCCAACAAAUUGACCCACCGUCAUCACUACAACACCGCUAUGGAAAAACUGCGGUUCCAGAUACGGUUGCACAGCCAGCAACGGCGGGAGGUACACGAGCAACUCCUUGAGUUUAUCCAGGAUUUAUGUGAUAGUGGAGUGAUUGAACAUACAGAAUUAUAA